AUGUUCCGUGUUGAUCUCUUAAGAACAUGGGCAGACUGGUCCACAACCUUCAAAUGUCCCGUCUACGUCACCGAAGUAGAUUCGGUCUGGAUGAACCGCAAAGACUGUCCGACCGCCACACUCAGAUUGCUCAAAGAACCCACGACGGAACUCCUUCCAGGUCUCACGGCCGCGAUAUGCGGAGGUCAUUUCCCGGGAAGUAUGGUCUUGCACUCUGCACCACCAAACACACCCAUCCCGACCUUGUUCGUCGCCGAUACGAUUUUCGCCGUGGCGUCGGGACAUAACCCCGACCCGGGGAAGAGGAAGGAUACCAUAUCCUAUCAGUUCCUCUGGAGCAUUCCGAAUUUCAUCCCCUUGCCACCGGACACGGUGAUGCAGGUAUGGAAAGCACUCAAGCCGUUCGAGUUCAAGGCGACGUAUGGUGUAAUGGCCAAAAUAACGAACGUUUUCGAGAAACCUGGCCAAACAUUGACUUUGAAAGGAAGAGUCUUGCAGAGCGCAAAGAUUGCGGUCAAGGCAAUGGGCUAUGUUGACCAUGCCAUCUUCACAGAAGAGUUGUAG